GUCCAUGUUUUGGAAAAGGAUACAGAUGCUUAUGAAUUCAUUCAAGAAAGGCUCACCACCACAAAUGCCUCCAGAAAUGCAAAUUUUAGGAGUGUAAAUUCUGCAAGUCUGCAAAAUCAGAAAGAUGGCUAUUUCUUGUUUACAUGCAAACGCUCUGGAGCAUGUACCCCCAGAAGUCGAAAGGCCAAAGGCUGUAAGGCCUAUGUUUCCUUUAAAAAGAGGACAGACUGGCUCUACAAACUGGUUAUAGUUGAAAGGAUUUACAGCAUUCAUUCAGGACAAGUUCCUGACCCAAAACUACUUGUUCCUGACCCAACAAGGUCUUCUGAGGGUCACUCAGAAAAAAUAUGUCAAGAGCUAGUCGAGCAUAUUCAAGAUUUACUAUCUCUUGGUGUUAAGCCAGAUACAAUUCUCUUAAAAUCACAUGAAUGGUCCAAGGAACAAGGACAUACUCAUCUUAACAACUAAGCAUAUUUUGUUACCCCAAAAGACAUUUGCGUGUAGAUCACCUAAGUGAUUACAUAAAAACUGCAUUUAAACAGACCAUAUUUACCCCAGUGGGUGUUAAAAUGUACCCUGUGCACACGAGGUCCAUGAACAGCUGACAUUAUACAUUACAAUGAAUGUAUAAUUACAUACUUUUUACUACUUGCAUAUUGAACAAUAUCAAAUCCCAUCAAACCUGAGCUGUGUUACAGUUAAGAAAAAAAGAGGUGUUAACCUAGUUGUCUUUGGAAUUGUCUGAAAUUUAGUUUCUUUAGUUUGACAGAGUGCAUCAUGUUUUCAUACUCAUAUUUACAUCAACCUAUAUGUCUGAUUCAGAACAAACUUGCAUUGAUUUCUUACCUGCACUCUUUGAUCAGUCUACAGUAGGUGUUGAUCUCAGAGCAUCUCUAAUGAACAGAUAGGUUUAAAAUUUUGAUGAGCAGCUUUUAAAAAUAAUUAACAAAGGCAUUUUUUUCCAGCAAACAUCUAUAAUAUAAUUUCCUCUACCUUGAAGCUUAAAAUGUUUUUAUUUUUUAUAGGUGCUUUAUGGUUGAUAAAGACCAGGGCGAAAUCAAUGCCAUCUGUAAGGUAUUCAACGAGUCAAAUGUUCUCCUUUGUUGGUACCAUGUAAUACAAGCAGUAACUCGUUGGCUUUCAAGAUCUGAAUCUGGUGUGAGUGGACCUGAAAAGGCAGAUUCAAGACAGCACAUCAUCCAGUUAAUGGCAGAGCUGAAAUCCUGUUCUACGGAACAUGAAUUCAAGAGGAAAGCGGAGAUGUUUCACUGCCAGUUUAAGAACUUUAAAGAUGUCUGGAAGUACUUUAGGAACCACUGGGAGCCAACUGGUCAUCUGUGGUCUAACUUUGGAAGAUGCUAUAAGCAUGGAGACUCUGACACAAACAAGCUAAUAGAACGGUACAUGGCACUUUCGUGCAUGUUCUCUUCACUGUUUAUUAGUGGUCUAGCUGAAAGCUAGCACUGUGUCUUGAGUAUUUUUUCAUUUUCUCCUAUUUUUGGACUCAUUUUUCUACUUCUCCCAAACAUCAGCUGU